AUGGCUAUACAAACAAUCCGAUACGUCCCAAGCGACCAACAAGAUGCUGCACGACAAGCACCAGUCAGCCUGGUUCGAGUUGUCAGUCAUACACAAUUCGAUGGGAACACCGGCCCUACGAAUCACUGCUGUUUGUAUUUCCAGACUGGCCCGAAUUCCUAUAUCCGCCUUGACAUGAUCCCGGGCAAUGAUCCGGGCACUGUUCUGCCUGGUGGCAGGAAAGGUGUUCUUGUUGUUCAGAUUUGGACUACAUUCCAAAUGUCAGCAAGCAAGCCGCCAAGACCGUUAUAAU